AUGUGGAUGCAGCCAACAUCAGAUGGAUCAAAUUCAAAAGUUCAGGACACCCUACAAAGAGCUUCUGGCACACCCUUUCCUCCUCAGUCUAGUUCCUCCAAUGGUGUUUUGAAUCACUCUUGCGGAACUGUACAAGGGCUGCACAAGGUUCACGGGAACGUCAGUAUAUCAAAUGUGCACUGGCCUGAUGCAUCAGGGAAUUCAGCGAAUUAUUUUGGUAUUUCGCAAUGUGUUGAACAAGUUGCAGCGAAUACGUCUAAUGGGAGAACUUCAAUAAUUAAUCCUCAAAAUACACUUUCACAGCUAAAUCUUGGAGGCUCAAAUGGACAUUUUACGAAUGUUGGAGGUUAUGGACAAGGCAUCUUUCCAUAUGCAGAAAACACCGGAUGCAUUGCUAACUCUCUGGAUAAUCUUGGUAUUGGGGGUUUAGGUGCCGCUGGAGUUACUAACCAGGCUGGACCUUCUCACAUUAACUUAACUGCUCCACAAAUGAUGGGGCACCAAGAUGUAAGUCUGCAGGAACAAUGUCUUCACAUGCAAAUACCGCAUUCAAAUUUCGUAUCCAGUUCACGAAGACUGAAUGAAUCACCCAUUCAAUUUCCCAACAUGAAUGAAAUGGCUCCACCAACAUCUUCCCUUAUGCAUGUUCUCGCACUAUCUCCACCAUUGUCACCAGUUCAUGACCCAAUUGAUUUGUCAUCUGCUUCGGAGUACUCAUCUGAGUCGGAAAAUGAUAUACCAAACCUGCAACCGCAUCCACCAGUUAUGAUGAUAAGCUCUGAUGAGGAGAUGGACGGCUAUAGUACUGCCGAGUCUCGAGUUGACAACGAUUAG